AUGGGCCCCUGUACCGCCUCCCCAUGCUGCUGCCAGGCCCGUAAUCUGCCAUGGGCCCCCGUACCGACUCCUCAUGCUGCUGCCAGGCCCGUAAUCUGUCAUGGGCCCCUGUACCGCCUCCUCAUGCUGCUGCCAGGUCCAGAGUGUGUCAUGGGUCCCUGUACGGCCUCCCAUUGCUGCUGUCUCUAUCGCCACACUCUGCCAUGUGCCACUUUCAGGUCUCCUCACACUGCUGGUGGUUUCCAUUUUUGUCAUAGGGUGCUGUAUGGCCUCCCAUUGCUGCUGCCUCCACCGCCACACUGUGGCUCCACACUCUGGUUUUGGCCCCGUGACUGCCCAAAUGAGUGAAGUGUGCGGUGAUUCUAAGAUCGACGGCACUCAUCUGCAUGUCAUACUGACUGACAGUAUUAUUUCUCUUCCCCAGCAGACUCCAAGGGCAUUUAAAUUAAAGGUACAGUGUUCUGCACUAAUUAUA